CAUAAUAAAAAGACAGGGUCUGUGAGUUUAGCAGAAAGACGACACACACCUUGAAGACAACAACUUGGAACACACAAGCAAUCAAGAUGAUGAAGAAGCCAAUUAUUCUGGUGACCUGUGUCCUGCUUCUCUCCACUCUCACUGUGUUGGCAGCUGAAAACACCUAUGGUCCAGCUGUGUGCUGUUUUCAGUUUAUCGACAAAAAGCUGCCUAAAAACCGUGUGCUGAGCUACAGAUACACAAACAAACAAUGUCCAAAGAAAGCUGUGCUUUUUACGAUGAAGAAUGGCAAUGAAUUCUGUGCCAACCCGGCUGACCAGUGGGUGAAGGACAUCAUCUCAGGAAAACACAAAAUCAAUGCUUAAAAAGUGAACUGACCUUUUUAUCACGUAACUUUACAUCUCAUACGCAUGUGAGCAGCAUUUUUAUAAUCAACAUUUUUCUACUGGCUUAAAAAGUAAAUCCACCAAUGAUGUGUCUUGUAUUACUUGCUUGUUUGUCUGAUGGGUUCAUGGGUUGACCUAUAAUCUUUAUUUGACAGUUAAUCAUGCUUACUAACAUUGUUUUCUGAUGUCUUAUUAAAAAUGAUGGUAUUUCAUAGGGCCCGACCAAUGUGGGAUUUUUGAGGCCGAUACCGAUAUUGAUAUUGGGGAGGAAAAUUAAUCCGAUACUAAUAUCUUUCUUAGAUCUAUGUUGGAUCUGUAGAGAUAGAUAUGGGUAAACAUAUUUAUUGCAUUGAUCCCUCAAAUGCAGCUUUUAAACACUUGUGGAAAAGUUGAAUAACUAAGAUACGAAGGUUACUCAACUGGAAAGAAAUUGCCCAUGUACGUGCAUCACUGCUUGACACCUGAGUGGUAAUGAUUGUUGUAAACCAUAUAGCACGCUCUUCUGAAAGAGAACUGAUAGUUUAAUACAAUAAAACUCAAAAUAAAAUGCUUUUUUAUUGGUAAAUAAAUCUAAUAUCGAUGCAUAUCUGUGAUACAAUUAGCCGAUACCGAUAGUCACUUGAUACAAAAAUAUCGGCCGAAAUUAUCGGCUGGAUGAUAAAUGGGUCGGGCUCGAGUCUUUUUUUCUUAUUUGUUUCCUCAUUAAAAGCAAACAUUAAUGAUAAAGAU